GGCUGUUCUGCACAUGCAGGGAUGUCGGCAUGGCUUGCACCAGAAGAACCAAAACUUUGGUGUCCACAUGCGUGAUCCUGAGCGGCAUGACCAACAUCAUUUGCCUGCUCUACGUCGGAUGGGUCACUAACUACAUCGCCAACAUUUACAUCAAGGUCCCGAUGCCUUUACCGGAGACUAAGUUGGAGGGGGACAAGAGAGGAGACACGCUCCGGAUCAUGGAGCGGCUGGACCGGCUGGAGACCGUGGUGAACCAGCACAUCCAAGAGACACCGGGGAGGGGAGAGGACGGUCAGCCCGACUCGUCCUUCUCAGACUCAUCGCUGUUCGCUCACUGGGGUCAGGAGCUCAGUCCAGACAACCGGAGAGUGGCCCUCAAAAUGUUCCAGUACUACGGAUAUAAUGCCUACCUCAGUGAUCGUCUCUCUUUAAGGCGUCCCAUCCCCGACCUCAGGCCUGACGGGUGCAGAAAUGUUUCUUAUCCCCUGAACCUUCCUCAAGUGAGCAUUGUGUUCAUUUUUGUGAAUGAAGCCUUGUCUGUCAUCCUGCGGUCCAUAAACUCUGCCAUCAACAGGACGCCUUCCCACCUUCUUAAAGAGAUAAUCCUGGUAGACGACAACAGCAAUAACAAUGAGCUGAAGGAGAAGCUGCAGGAUUUUGUGUCCGAGACCAACAACCAGCGUCCAGGAUUCAUUAAGGUGGUACGGCAUGCCAAGCAGGAGGGUCUGAUCCGGUCCAGAGUGAGCGGAUGGAGGGCCACCACUGCCCCGGUUGUUGCCCUGUUCGAUGCCCACGUUGAGUUCAAUGUCGGCUGGGCCGAACCUAUUCUGCAGAGAAUUAAGGAGGACAGAACUCGCAUAAUAUCCCCGUCCUUUGACAACAUCAAAUAUGACACGUUUGAGAUCGAAGAGUAUCCACUGUCUGCUCAGGGCUUUGACUGGGAGCUGUGGUGCCGCUACCUUAAUCCCCCAAAGUCCUGGUGGCACACAAGCAACAAAAGUGCACCGAUUCAGAGCCCGGCUCUGAUUGGCUGCUUCGUGGUGGACAGGCUGUACUUCGAGGAGAUCGGUCUGCUGGAUGAAGGCAUGGAGGUGUACGGCGGAGAAAAUGUCGAACUGGGCAUUAGGGUGUGGCAGUGUGGGGGGAGCGUCGAGGUCCUGCCCUGCGCUCGCAUCGCCCACAUCGAGCGGGCUCACAAACCCUACACCGAGGACCUGACGUCGCAUGUGCGGCGAAACGCCCUCCGGGUCGCAGAGGUUUGGAUGGACGAGUUCAAAAGUCACGUGUACAUGGCUUGGAAUAUUCCCAUGGAGGACUCAGGGAUUGAUAUCGGCGAUAUCUCUGAGAGGAAGGCUCUGAGGAAGAGGCUGCAGUGUAAAACGUUCCGCUGGUACCUGGUGAACAUCUACCCCGAGAUGAGGAUGUACAGCGACACCAUCGCCUACGGAGUAUUAAAAAACUCCCUGAAGAGCGAACUGUGUUUGGAUCAGGGACCGGACAACGACAACGUCCCCAUCCUGUAUCUCUGUCACGGGAUGACACCACAGCAGAACGUGUACUACACCAGUACGCAGCAGUUCCACGUCGGGCUCCUCAGUCCCACCGUCGAUGAUGACGACAACAAGUGCCUGGUGGAUGUGAACGGCAGGCCUCGCCUCAUUGAGUGUAGCUACGCCGCAGCCAAACGCAUGAAGCUCCACUGGCUCUUUACUCAGCCUGGACAUCAGACCAGCAUGGCCAGUCCUGCUUCAAAUUUUUGA